AGCCGGGCCGGGACCGGGGCCGGGACCGGGGCUCCGCGGGGCCAUGGGGGCCGCAGCCGCAGCCGCAGCGGCGGGGUAGGGCGAGGCGCGGUGCUGCUGCUGCUGCCGCUGCUGCUGGCACCAUGGCGGCGGCGGCGGUGCCCGGGCGGGCGCGGCGAGGGACGCCCAUGUACUCGCAGAAAGAGCUCACGUCAAAGAAAAGGGAUGAGUUUGAAGAUAUCUUGGAGGAAAGGCGAUUGUCCAGUGACUUGAGAUAUGCAAUGAAAUGUUACACUCCUGUGAUCUACAAAGGACUUUCACCUUGCAAGCCAAAUGCUAUUAAAACUGCUGUUCUGCAGUCAGAGCAAGUUCAGUAUGUUAUCAAGCAGUUAGCAAAAGAGAUGGGAGAAUCACCUGAUAUUAUUCAAGAAGAAGCCACAGAAAUCCUGGAUGAGAUGGGUCACAGUAUGCAAUUAGGAGCCGUCAGAUUUUUUGCCUUUACUCUGAGCAAAAUAUUUAAACAGCUUUUCCAGAGGGUUUGUGUGAAUGAAGAAGGAAUGCAGAGACUGCAGCAUGCCAUUCAGGAGCACCCAGUUGUACUGCUGCCCAGUCACCGAAGCUACGUAGACUUUUUGAUGCUGUCUUACUUGCUGUACACGUACGACUUGGCUUUGCCUGUCAUUGCUGCAGGAAUAGAUUUCCUAGGAAUGAAAAUAGUUGGUGAGCUGCUGCGAAGGGCAGGUGCCUUUUUUAUGCGGCGUUCCUUCGGUGGGAACAGGCUCUAUUGGGCAGUUUUUGCUGAAUACGUAAAAACUAUGUUAAGGAAUGGUUAUGCCCCAAUUGAGUUUUUUCUUGAAGGGACAAGAAGCCGCACUGCCAAGACUCUGACUCCAAAGUUUGGUCUUCUCAGUAUUGUGAUGGAACCAUUUUUUAAACGUGAAGUCUUUGACACGUACCUUGUUCCCAUCAGCAUCAGCUACGAGAGGAUAUUAGAAGAAUCUCUCUAUGCAUAUGAACUCCUAGGAGUCCCAAAGCCCAAAGAAUCUACAUCUGGGUUGUUAAAGGCCAGAAGGAUCCUCAGCGACAACUUUGGUACCAUACACAUCUACGUUGGCCAGCCGGUGUCACUUAGAACGUUGGCUUCUGGGAGAAUCAAUCUCUGCCCGUAUAACUUGGUUCCCAGACAUCUUCCACAAAAGCCAUCUGAGGAUAUCCAGGAAUUUGUCAGUGAUGUGGCGUAUAAAAUGGAGCUCCUGCAAAUCGAAAACAUGGUUUUGAGCCCGUGGGUGCUAGUUGCUGCCGUCCUGCUCCAGAAUUUGCCAGCUAUGGAUUUUGAACUUCUAAUAGAAAAGACACUGUGGCUGAAAGGCUUAACACAGACUUUUGGAGGUUUCAUUGAAUGGCCUGAUAAUCUUUGUGCCAAAAAAGCAGUUACGUCUGCCCUCGCCCUGCAUUCCAACAUUGCUCGCCUCGUCAAUGGCCACGUGGUCCUUAAUGACAAAGGAGAGGAAGAUGGAGCCGUAGGGGAAAUUGUCUUCAAGCGAGCUCUGGCCAUCCUCAUGUGUGGUAACUACAGAAACCAGUUACUGAAUGUCUUUGUGCGUCCCUCUCUGGUGGCACUCGCCUUGCAAAUGACGCGCAGCUUCAGGAAAGAGGAAGUCUACAGCUGCUUCAGCAUCUUGAGAGAUGUGUUCUCUGACGAGUUCAUCUUCUUUCCUGGUAUUUCAUUGAAGGAUUUUGAGGAAGGAUGUUUUCUACUCACAAAAUGUGAUGCAAUUCAAACAACUCAACAGGAAAUCUACCUUACUGACAAAGGAAGUGUUAUAGUAUCUUUCUUGUCAGCUAUGUUCAGACCUUUUGUGGAAGGUUAUCAGUUAAUUUUCAGAUACCUAUCAAAGGAAACAAGAGAAGCCUUUACGGAGAAGCAAUUUGUACCUGGAGUCCGCAACUUUGUUUUUCAGCUUCUUGAAAAGGGGAAUACGCAGUGUUAUGAAGCGCUGUCUUCUGACAUGCAGAAAAACGCCUUAGCAGCUCUCGUGCAAAUGGGUGCAGUGAAGAAGAAGAAAAUGUCCAAUGGAUUCACUUACAGUGUAAAUCAAGAGGCUGUUAAUAAAAUCCUGGAUGUGUUUGAUGCCAGGAUACCUGUACAGAAGCCUGUGGCUGCAAGACUUUAAGUGGUUUUUGAUGCUGUGACUGGACAUGAGUACCUGCUGGGGGCACAGACCACUGCCGGAGUGGAGCGGGGACGGCAGCAGACCAAGCUCACGCCUUGUCCGUCUGUCUGGACGUUGUCAGCGUGCGAGGCAGAAGCAGGCACCAAGGCUGUGGAAGGGUGGUCUUCACCUGGGGUACUUCCCCUAACCACUUAGAGACUGCUGCCGCCGCUGGCUAGAGUUGUAUUUGUAUACUCACCUGUGGUUUGCUUUGUAAAAUGGAUUAAACCUUUUUUUUUUUUUUUUUUAUUUGGAUACCUAUUUAAAGAGAAGCGCACAGUAACAGCUACUUAAAAUACAUUUUUUAGACUCGUAAA